CGGACAUAAGGUGGAGAGUUGCAUCUAUAAUUAAAAAAGGAAAACCAGACGAAGAAAGGGGAAAAAAAGAAAUACAGGAAGAGGAAAUCCGUAGGGAGGGGAAGGCAGCGGCAACAAUGUCACUUGAUAUUACCGCCCAAGUGCCUCCAUCCAGGGGCUCGGUUGGCUCUGCUCUGAACGACCUUGGGCUUGCAGGGAAGGAUGCACGGUGCAUAGGGGGAAAGUCAGAUAACCAUUGAGCAUAUCCUCGAAAGGGCUAGCUAGCUAAAGUCAGCGCUCUCAUCCUUUGGUCUAGGUGUUGGGAUUCCUUCGAUGUUCCUCUCGUCCAAAUUUGGUUGCAGCAGAGCUGUAGCCGCCAGCCAACUUGUUGUUACUUGCCGGCAUGAACCGCGGAUGAUGCAAGUUGCCAAGGGGUUAUGUGCCGUCCUCUGCCUUUUGUCCGUUAACUAGUUAAGUAGUUAGUUGCUGCACAGUCAACCGGAUUGAGGUCUCUAUUGGUACCUGAAUAUCAAACAUUUUUUAACCGCCGACCUCGAGGCUCUAAAAAUAGCAACACAUUGAAUUGGGCCUGUUAGCUCGCGCCGUUUCCCAGCUCCUCGUAUUACGCUGGAAGGUAAAAAGGGCCUCGAUGCAAAGGAUCCAACAGCCUGGAGUUCCCCGGAGAGCGCUGUGAUUGGGAAACACUUCUCGUACAAGCAUCGUCUCCCAGGACAGCAGGCUAUGAGUUACUUAUUUCAUGCAGAGAAGAGAGACGGAAGCGCCCACUCCCAGCAACCCCCUUGUUACUCUCCUUGUCCGUGUGCGAGCCAACAGGGGAGGAAAACUCUUGCAUGUCUGCUCUAACCGCUGUGUGUCGUCUGGUUCCGCUGCUUCGGCUAGGCUGGAUGUAGUAGUCUGGCAGAUCGUGAAUGCCACUGUAUGCACCACUUGCUGCAGGCCUUGUCCGGGUCUGGGGCACUCGGCUGCCUCUGAUCGAGAACAAGGUCCAAUCGCCAGUGAUUCUGGGCUGUCGUUUCUCCACUGCAAUAAAACGAUCGUCUGUUCUCAUGCACAGAGUUCCAUUCUGCGAACCCAUGUCGUCCCUGCGCUACUGCAGGCCGUGCAUUCAUUCCCUAUUCAUGAUGCCUGCUCCCCCAUUGACACCAUAAAUCGAGGCUUGCGACUAGUAAACAUCUUUGCAUUGUAUUCAGUUGUCAUAUCAUUAUGGAUCUCUCUGCAGAUCAUUUUGGCAUCCGGAAUAAACGAAAAGCUGAUGCCCUGUUGCUAUUUUUGGUGGCAGCCAACAUUUGGUAGUUAUCUAACAUCUUAGACAACGCUAGAGAAGUAGAUUUCUGGACGAUCAAAGUCAUCCAACUCUUGGGUAGUUCUAUAUUUACCUUAGGAUAGCGUGAAUCGAGUUUUUUUUUCCCGUUCUUCUCUUCUUCAAUGCCCCCACGUUGAUGAAACUACAACUACUGCAGCAGACGUGCCCCCCGUCACGGCGGUUAGCAACGACAGAUCAGGGCAUAGUCUGAGGGCCAACUGUAUCAAAGUGUCAGAAUUCAUGCCUUGGGACUACUACCCGACUACUAGAUACGAACUACAAUCGGCCAAGUAGCAACUUUCCCGUUGCACUCUAUUACUUUAUCUAGGGCUACGGCGGUAUAGGUUUGACAACGAGAGUAAAGACAAAUAUGCGCUCAAAAAGGCACGAAAGGAACAUAGCAAUUUGGACAUUAUU